UCCCAUAUUUUCCUGGGAGUGGCCGAUUAAUUGUGUCUGUGUGUUUUUUCCCCUCCUGAGAGAGACUGAGCUGGAAGUCGGUGCGCCGGAAGCCCAGGAGCUCUGCCGCUCAAUGAUCCGCAGGCCGUCGCCCAGGAGGCGUGAAAUCAGUGCACCCGUUCACCGUGAGCUCGUCCUUGCGGUCAGCAGUCGCGCGAUGCAACGACGCCCGCGCCUCGCCGCGCAGGAUCAACGAACUCAGGGCCACCAGGCCCCGGAGGUCAGCGAGGGCAGCUCCGCAAUGAAGGCCGGCACGAACAGCUUUGUCAUGAAACUCGGCAUGAACAGCUCCAUCCUUCACGGCAUCAACAACGACACCACGAACGGCACAACAAGUUGUUGCAGGAAUGAAGGUACGGCCAGCCUCAUCUCGAACGACACGACCGACUCCAUCACGAUCGCGCGAAAAGCUCCAUCAUGAUGCUCGGCAAGAACAGCUCAUCACGAACGCCACAAGUAGUGCCAUCGCGAAAUGGCACGAGCAUCUUCAUCAGACAGAUCGGCACGAACAGCUUCAUCUCGAACGGCGCGAAGAGCGCCAUCACGAUCGGCGCGAAAGCUUCAUCGCGAGCAGCGUCAUGAGAAAGGGCACGAACAGCUUCAUCGCCAUGAAACUCGGCACGGCCAGAUUCAUCGCGAGCAAUUGCCUCGAAAGGUCGGUACGAACAAUUCCACAAUGACGGUCGGCACGACCAGCUUUACCACGAACGGUACGGACAGCUACAUCACGACCAACGUCAUCCCGAAAGGGACGAUCAGCCCCGGCACAACCGACACGACCAAUUUCAUCUUGAAACUCCGCACGAACAACUCCAUCCCGCACGGCAUGAACAACUUCAUCACUAUAGGCAAACACGGCCCCACUAAGAAUAUAUGAACGACCAUCCGAAUCCCGAACGACAUAAUCAGCUCCAUCAGGAUCGGCACGAACAGCUUCAUCUCGAACGGCGUGAAGAGCGCCAUCACGAUCGGCGCGAAAGCUUCAUCACGAGCAGCGUCGUGAGAAAUGGCAGUCGGGAUCCCGGGGGGGGGAAAAGGGGGGGCUCAUCAUUUGUUGAACCGGUUUUGGGCAUUAUAUGAACGACCAUCAGAAUCCCGGACGACAUAAUCAGCUCCACCAGGAUCGGCACGACCAGCUUCAUCAUGAUGCUCGGCGCGAACAACUUCAUCGCGCACGGCAUGAAAUGCUGCACCAAGGCCGGCGAGCACAGCUUCGCCAGGAAGGCUGGCACGACCAGCUCCAUCUGGGAAGGUGAGUUUCGGGAUGCGCGGGAUCUCGGCAUGGUGGCGAGGAGUCUUCCGAGGAUGAAAUACAGCACCUCCGACAGCGGCAGGACUUCCAGUAUAAGGAGCCCCACGCACAUCACCGCCAGACCAUGGAUCACUCUGGCCGUCAUGCCAUGGAUCACGCCGUCAUCGUGACGGCCAUCUCCGUGAUCAUCCUGGCCAAUUCCGCCAUCACCGUUGAGAUGCCCAAGUGCGACUCUCCAGCCAACGUCGCGUGACAGUGAUCAACGACCACCGCGUCAGGGAGAGCUUCAAGAAGGGUCUGCACGAUCAUGACCGACCGCCUGGCAAUUGAGCAUGGCCCCGUCCCCCUUCGGCAUCAUGAUCAACUGGACGAUGACUCGAUCGCAGGUGGGUGUUCAGCCGCACGCGGCAAUGACGCUCUGUUGCCACUUGGUCAACCAGUCAAGCAAAUCGGGAGGCGGAGAACAUCGGCCGCGAGCGGGGGUCGGGCCCGCGCAGGGGAGGCGGAGGAAAAGGAAGGCGAAGAGCAGGAAGAGGGGCCGCACGCGCAGCCCAGGGGCCCCUGAGAUCAGCAAGCG